AUGGAUGAAGGGAGGAGAGGCGAAGGAGUGAAUCAGCAGCAACAGGAGGACCCCAGCAACAACCAAAGGCGGCUAAAGCCCCAGAAAACCAGCCGCUUCAGCCACAGAAAUGCCCCCGAUGCGACUCCGUCAACACCAAUGUUUGCUACUACAACAACUACAGCCUCUCCCAGCCACGCUACUUCUGCAAGACAUGCCGCCGAUACUGGACCCACGGCGGAACCCUCCGGAACGUCCCCAUCCCAGCCACCACAGACGACGGAGCCACCAUCAAUCUCCGUAGUUCCACCCGCAAGUACUUACUUUUCAGGCGGUGGGUUCCUCUCGUCUCUUGCGGCGGUACAGUCCCUGAGCCACCACCAACAACAACAGCCGCCCUUCAGUCUGGGUCAGUUCGGACCCGGAUCAGGAUCCAAUCUGGGUCUUCUUCAGGGGCUGAACGUUUUUGGAGUUGGGUCAUCACAUGGGCCUCAGAUUCAGCAGCAGCAAAGUGAUCAGGUGUACCAAAUGGGUAAUAGGGUUAAGAACGAGGAGACUUUGUACUCGUCCGGUCAAACCCUGGUUGAUCAGACCAGCAGGCCUUCUGGAUAUUGGAGCCAAACCCUGGUCAGCAACAGUGGAACGAACACCACCGGAUCAAACCCCAGCCGCUUCUGGAGUGGCACCACCAAUAGCAGCACUACUGGCAUCAACCCAAAUCAAUGGCCUGAUCUGCCUGGCUACGGCCACACCCCAUGA